AUGGGCUCCUCGGUCAACGCCGAGAAGAAGGCCAAGAAGGAGAAGAAAGAUAAGAAAGACACAAAGGAUAAGAAGGAGGCCAAGUCCGAUGCCGGAAAGAAGGACGCAUCGAAGAAGACCGCCGCCGCCGCCGCCCAACCGAUGGGCAAGGCUGCCAAGAAGAAGGCCUUGCUCGAUUGGUUCCACGGGGCUUUGAAGGGGGACACCGACGGCGCGCGCGCUGACUUCCUCAAAGCACGCGAUUACGUCGCCGUCGCCAACGUCAUCCGCAAGCACGCGCGGGACCCGAAGCUGAAAGGCGCCCACGCCGACGCCAUCAAGCUGCUGGACAACAAGGGCCACUUCCUCAACAUCGUCGACGUCGUCGUUAAGGACGGCGCGGCGGACGCGUCCACGCACUGGGACAAGAUCAAGGCGCACCACAGGGCAAAGUUCGAAAAGGCUGGGGGCAAGGACGGCGUCGCGGAGAAGAAGCGCGCGGCCCGAGAGGCGAAGGAGGCGUUCAAGGUUUUGCAGAAGGAGCGCGCCGAGCGCGAGGCUAAGCAGAAGGAACUCGCCGCCGACCGCAAGGAGUAUCGGCAGAAGAUGGACGAGGUGCGCCUGAAGGGCGCCUGUCUCGACUGGUGCAACUUGGGCAAGUGCAAGUUCGGCGAUGAGUGCCAGUUCAAGCACCCGGACGAGCUCAAGGGGACGCUCGUGGCGCUGGCAAACAAGAUCAAGGCCAAGGACGUGGGCGGCAAGAAGGGAAAGGAGCGCGAGGAAACCGAGCGGCGCAAGAAGCGAAAGGCCGCUAAGAAGGAGAAGGAGCGCGACGGCGAAGGAGGCGGCGACAGCGACAGCGACGCGGACGACGGCGGCGGGGGAGACAGCGAAAGCGAGGACAGCUUUGAUCGCGCCGCUCAGGCCGAGGACGAGUACGACUCUGAGGACUUUGACAGCGACCUCGACGUCGACGUCGACAAGUCCACCGGCGCCAAGACCAAGCGAAAGAAGCGAAAGGAUAAGGUCCUGAGCGUCCUGCCCGGGGACGACGGCUCUGACAGCGACGGAGACGACGAGGACCUGCCGCGGAUGGUUCGACUUCGGAAGCAGAAGCAGAGGGAGGAGGCCGAGUGGGCCAAGGCUGAGCGCGCCGCGAAGAAGGCCAAGCAGGCGAAGAUACUGGAGAAGGUAAAGGCUGCGAGGGCGGCGAAAGGUCUGGAGAUGCCAAAACGCCAGGGGUCAAGGGACAGGAGCGGCGGACGGGGCGGCGGCGGAAGAGGAGGCGGGGGCGGAAGGGGCGGAAGGGGCGGAAGGGGCGGGAGAGGCGGAAGGGGCGGGAGAGGCGGAAGGGGGGAGAAGCGCAGCUUCGACGGCCAGGCAUCCGGGGAGAAGAGGAAGAAGAAGCCGCGUCACGCGGACGGGCGACACGCCAAGCACGCCGCCGCGCACGCCGCCCGCACCGCCGCCUGA